AUGAGAUCUCGGCACAAUUAUAACCUAUUCACGCUACUUGCCAUUGGCCGGUCGGCGCUAGGGCAGCAAUCCGCUUGGGGACAAUGUGGUGGAACGGGAUGGACUGGCCAGACAACUUGUGUGUCUGGAUACUACUGUUCCGUUCAAAACAAUUACUACUCUCAGUGCCUUCCAGGUACAGCUUCCACUAGCAGUGGUACUUCUGCCACCACCCUCGUUACAACAACCUCUGCGAUGACCUCCUCAAGUUCUUCCGUACCGACUACCAAAGUAAAAUUUGCUGGUGUCAACAUCGCUGGCUUUGACUUUGGCAUGGUGACCAGUGGUACUCAGGACCAGACCCAGGUCUUUGAUGAGUCGGUGGACGGUGUGAACCAAAUGAAGCACUUCGUCAACGAUGACACAUUCAACAUUUUCCGCCUGCCAACAGGGUGGCAGUAUAUCGUUGCCAACAACCUUGGCGGAUCUCUCGACUCGACAAACUUCGGUAAAUAUGACAAUUUGGUUCAAGGGUGUCUCUCCCUUGGCUCCUAUUGCAUAGUUGAUAUCCACAACUAUGCUCGUUGGAAUGGUGGCAUCAUUGGACAAGGUGGUCCAACGGAUGACCAGUUCGUUAGCCUCUGGACACAAUUGGCAACUCAUUACAAGAGCCAGAGCAAAGUCAUAUUUGGCAUUAUGAAUGAGCCCCAUGACCUUAAUAUCAACACCUGGGCCGCCACCGUGCAGAAGACUGUGACUGCGAUAAGAAAUGCUGGAGCGAUGUCUCAAAUGAUCCUCCUGCCCGGCACAGACUACACCAGUGCUGCAAACUUCAUUGAGAAUGGCUCCGGUGCCGCGCUCUCAGCCGUGGUCAACCCAGAUGGGUCAACUACUAAUUUGAUUUUUGAUGUUCAUAAGUACCUCGACAGUGACAACAGCGGUACCCAUGCCGAGUGCGCCACCAACAAUGUCGACGCAUUCAACACCCUCGCACAGUGGCUACGCUCAGGCAAACGGCAAGCUUUACUUAGUGAGACUGGUGGUGGUAACGUCCAAAGUUGUGCAACUUAUAUGUGCCAACAGCUGGAUGCACUCAAUGCGAACGCGGAUGUUUAUCUCGGCUGGACAUCUUGGAGCGCUGGUGCCUUUGAGGCAACGUAUGUUUUGUCUGAAGUGCCUGUCAAUGGUGUUGACCAGUACCUUGUUCAACAGUGCUUUGUCCCCAAGUGGAAGAACUAA